ACACAGUCAUACACACUAGCUCACAGAGCAUCCCGGCAGCGAUUACUCCCUCUUUAUCCUCAACUCCAUCAUUUAUGACAGCAGUAUAUCAAACGUGCUCCGUUGUUCCGUUAUAGCUACACAAGACAUACAGGUGGCAUCGCAGCUGCUGUGCUGCACUGUGUAGUGGCGACACUUGGCUAACUGACGUUGGCUAAUUGCCCCUCUGCCGCUGCUGCUGCUGCUAUUGUUUGUUGUUGCAGUCUCUCAUCAAACACCUCACAGAUGUUGUAGAUCAAGCUCUUAAAGCCCUGGUUCUCAGCAAAUCUCUGCAGCACCACCUGAUUAGACUUGGUAAUGGGGCGUUGAUGAGUCUUGGGGGAAAUUGGAAGAAGGAGCACAAAACUGUUCAGCAAAAACCCACUUCUGUGAGGCAGCAGUGAUGACAGCACCAGGCUUCUCGGUAGCAACUGACAAAAGAGGCAAAUAGAGAAAAGAGUUUUCUCUUGCAGACUGUCGUUGUGUCAAUACUUUGUGAGAGGCAGUGUGGCAGUGAACUAGGAGGUGAAUGCAGUCAAGCUUUCCUGAAACACUGGGGUUGUUGGUGUGGCCAAGUUUUCCCUGGAUUUGAUUGGUAAAUUCAGAAGACUGAAGCCCAGGCUCACAGUCUACCUUUCACGGAGGCCCAGCCGUGAGAGGACUGAGGAAGGCACGUGGCGGAUCAUGACGGCCGACAAAGAGAAGGAGAGGGAGAAAGAGCGGGACAGGGACAGAGACAAGAGAGAAGCUGGAAAAUCCCGCCGGCAGGACGGGGACAGGUGCGACCGCGAGAGCGAAAGCUCCAGGCCCCGACGUAGCUGUACGCUGGAGGGCGGAGCCAAGAACUAUGCAGAGAGUGAACACAGCGAAGAUGAGGACAAUGACAAUGGCAGCACAGGUGGAGGCAGUGGCACAGCCGAGGAGACUGGCAAGAAGGGCAAGAAGAAGACGCCUAAGAAGAAGUCACGCUACGAGCGCACAGAGAACGGAGAAAUAACUUCCUUCAUCACAGAAGAUGAUGUUGUUUACAGACCUGGAGAUUGUGUGUACAUCGAGAGUCGGAGGCCCAACACUCCCUACUUCAUUUGUAGCAUUCAGGAUUUCAAGCUGAGUAAACGGGACCAUCUGCUGAUGAAUGUGAAAUGGUACUACCGCCAGUCAGAGGUUCCAGACUCCGUCUACCAGCACUUGGUGCAGGAUCGGAACAAUGAGAACGACUCUGGCCGGGAGCUGGUUAUCACAGACCCAGUGGUCAGGAGUCGAGAACUCUUCAUCUCUGACUAUGUGGACACUUAUCAUGCUGCUGCUCUCAGGGGGAAAUGCAACAUUUCCCAUUUCUCCGACAUUUUUGCUGCCAGGGAGUUCAAAGCCCGGAUUGACUCCUUUUUCUAUAUCCUCGGAUAUAACCCAGAGACCAGGCGACUAAACAGCACACAAGGGGAAAUCCGAGUGGGACCCAGUCACCAAGCCAAGCUCCCAGAGCUGCAGCCUUUCCCCUCUCCCGGUGGCCAAGCUGUGACCGAGAAUGAGGAGCUGGUGUGGAUGCCUGGUGUCAACGACUGCGACCUUCUCAUGUACCUCAGAGCCGCAAGGAGCAUGGCUGCCUUUGCAGGGAUGUGUGAUGGAGGCUCGACAGAAGACGGGUGUCUAGCAGCCUCUCGAGAUGACACUACAUUAAACGCACUUAACACUCUUCACGAGAGCAGCUAUGACGCAGGAAAGGCUCUCCAGCGCCUGGUGAAGAAGCCGGUACCCAAGCUGAUAGAGAAAUGCUGGUCAGAGGAUGAAGUGAAGCGCUUCAUUAAAGGAUUGAGACAGUUCGGCAAAAACUUCUUCAGGAUCCGGAAAGAGCUGCUGCCCAACAAAGAAACGGGAGAGCUAAUAACCUUCUACUACUAUUGGAAGAAGACUCCAGAAGCAGCCAGUUGUCGAGCUCACCGCAGACACCGCCGCCAGCCCGUCUUUCGGCGCAUCAAGACUCGAACUGCUUCGACUCCUGUCAACACUCCCUCACGUCCCCCCUCCAGCGAGUUUUUGGACCUCAGCUCAGCCAGUGAAGAUGACUUUGACAGUGAAGACAGCGAACAGGAGCUGAAGGGCUACGCCUGCCGUCACUGUUUCACUACCACCUCCAAGGACUGGCACCACGGGGGCAGGGAGAACAUCUUGCUGUGCACAGACUGCCGCAUUCACUUCAAGAAGUACGGAGAGCUGCCCCCCAUCGAGAAGCCUGUGGAUCCGCCACCAUUUAUGUUCAAACCUGUCAAAGAGGAAGAGGAUGGACUCAGCGGGAAGCAUAGCAUGAGGACCCGACGGAACCGAGGCUCGAUGUCAACUCUACGUAGUGGUCGUAAGAAGCAGACAGCCAGUCCCGAUGGCCGAGCCUCGCCUACUAACGAGGAUUUGCGCUCCAGUGGACGUACCUCACCCAGUGCAGCAAGUACUGACAGCACUGACAGCAAGACAGACUCCAUGAAGAAGCCAAGCAAGAAGAUUAAAGAAGAGGCUCCUUCACCGAUGAAAAGUGUCAAACGGCAACGAGAGAAAGGAGCAUCUGACACAGAGGAGUCGGACAGGACCAGUGCCAAAAAGUCCAAGACACAAGAGCUUAGUCGACCAGACUCACCCUCAGAGUGCGAGGGUGAAGGUGAAGGUGAGGGAGAGGGCGAGAGCUCUGAUGGGCGUAGCAUUAACGAGGAGCUUAGUAGCGAUCCUAAGGACAUUGAUCAAGACAACCGCAGCUCUUCUCCCAGCAUCCCCAGCCCCCGAGACAAUGAAAGUGACUCAGACUCCUCUGCCCAGCAGCAGCAGCUCCUGCAGAGCCAGCACCCUCCUGUCAUCCAGUGUCAGCCGGGCACCUCAGCAGCCUCCUCAGGACCUCCACCACCUACGACCUCAGCCCCUUCACUGCCUCCGCAGGUUUCCCCUACAGUGGCCUCUGUCUCUCUACCUCCCCAGCCUUUGCCCCAGACUAGUCCAUUGUCUCUUAUCCAGUCAGGGGCAUCUCUUCACCCUCAAAGGCUUCCUUCUCCACAUUCACCUAUGACCCAGGCUCCGCCUCCUGGGCCCCCGGUUCCACCUCAGUCAUUACCCAGCUCGCAUCACGGGCCGAUGCCUCCCAUGCCUCAUCCACUGCAGCCUGGCCCCUCACACAUGCCUCACCCUCACUCCAUGCCCCCUCAGGGCUUCACCGUAGGCCAGUCUCAGGUCCCACCUUCACCCAUCUCUGGCCAAUCACAGCAGAGGCCGCACACGCCUCCUUCCCAGUCCCAGCCAUCAUCUCAGAGCGGAUGUCAGCCUCCAAGGGAGCAGCCACUGCCCCCUGCACCUUUGUCCAUGCCUCACAUCAAACCCCCACCAACAACACCCAUUCCUCAGAUGCCCAACCCACAGUCCCACAAACACCUGCCGCACGUAUCUGCACCUCCGUUUCCUCAGAUGCCUUCAAACCUUCCGCCACCACCUGCCCUUAAGCCCCUCAGCUCUUUAUCCACCCACCAUCCUCCCUCAGCACACCCGCCACCCCUUCAGCUCAUGCCUCAGGGGCAGCAGCUCCAGCCUCCCCCAGCCCAGCCUCCAGUUCUCACGCAGUCCCAAAGCCUCCCGCCAUCAGUCAACCACCAGCCUCCUUCAACUCCUCUGCCACCCUCCGCAGCAGCCUCACACCCCAACGGUCCACCACAGCCGCCGUUCUCAUCUCAUCCUUUCAAUACAGUUCUACCUCCAACUGGCCCUCCCUCAUCUUCGUCAAACUCUAUGCCUGGCUUACAUCCUCCAUCUUCCUCUGCCCCGUCCUCCUCCAUCUCCAUGCCGCUCCCUGCCUCAGUCUCUUGUGCCGGUCCGGGCCCAGUACUCCCUCCAAUACACAUCAAAGAAGAGCCUUUGGAUGAGAUGGAAGAACCAGAGAGUCCGCCACCCCCACAGAGAAGCCCUUCCCCAGAGCCUACUGUUGUCAACACACCCAGCCAUGCCAGCCAGUCAGCACGGUUCUACAAGCACCUGGACCGAGGGUACAACUCGUGCGCCAGGACGGAUUUCUAUUUCACUCCUCUCGCUUCUUCGAAACUGGCCAAAAAACGCGAGGAAGCGCUGGAGAAAGCCAAGAGAGAAGCAGAACAGAAAGUACGGGAGGAGAAGGAGAGAGAGAGGGAGAGGGAAAAGGAACGAGAAAGAGAGCGGGAACGAGAAAAGGAAGCGGAGCGCGCUGCGAAAGCCUCAAGUUCUCACGAAGGCAGAAUGGGUGAACCUCAGAUGGUCGGCCCCGCUCACAUGCGUCCACCCUUCGACGGCCCCCCCACCACAAUCGCAGCUGUUCCUCCGUACAUUGGCCCCGAUACUCCCGCCCUGCGCACGCUCAGUGAGUACGCCCGGCCACACGUCAUGUCCCCCACCAAUCGAAACCACCCCUUCUUUAUGUCCCUCAACCCCGCAGACCCGCUGCUGGCCUAUCACAUGCCCAGCUUGUAUAACGCUGACCCGGCCAUGCGAGAGCGGGAGCUGCGGGAGCGGGAGAUGCGCGAGAGGGAGAUACGCGAGAGGGAACUAAGGGAAAGGAUGAAACCAGGUUUCGAGGUUAAACCUCCAGAGAUGGACACACUCCACCCUUCCACAAACCCCAUGGAGCACUUUGCCCGUCACGGGGCCAUCACAUUGCCCCCCAUGGCCGGCCCACACCCCUUUGCGUCUUUCCAUCCGGGCCUGAACCCAUUAGAGCGUGAACGGUUAGCCCUCGCCGGGCCCCAGCUGCGGCCAGAAAUGAGCUACCCAGAGCGGCUGGCUGCAGAGAGACUCCACGCUGAGAGGAUGGCCACAGUGGCCAAUGACCCCAUCGCCCGUCUACAGAUGUUCAAUGUUACGCCACAUCACCACCAGCACUCGCACAUUCACUCCCAUCUCCACCUCCACCAGCAAGAUCCACUACACCAAGGUGGUGGUGAAUGUCUUGUGUGUCCGGCAGGUUCGGGGGCCCACCCGCUGGAUCCCCUCGGAGCUGGACCUCACCUGGCUCGCUUCCCUUACCCGCCCGGCGCCAUCCCUAAUCCACUCCUCGGCCAGCCGCCACAUGAACACGAGAUGCUGCGCCACCCAGUCUUUGGUACUCCAUACCCACGGGAACUGCAAGGAGGUCUGCCGCCGCCCAUGUCUGCAGCUCACCAGCUGCAGGCCAUGCACGCACAGUCAGCAGAGCUCCAGAGGUUAGCCAUGGAGCAGCAGUGGCUCCAUGGACACCAUCACAUGCACGGGGGACCGCUGCCAGGCCAGGAGGAUUAUUACAGCCGGCUGAAAAAGGAGAGCGACAAGCAGCUGUAACCAGCCGAGGGAGGCGUGGACAGACAAGUGCAGGACACAGGAAGUUGUUACAGAGCGAUUACGCAGAGGCUCAGCAGGAGCCGCGUCACACAUUCAGUCUUGAAGAACAGCACAGGCCAACUGGAUCGUCUGAGAGUUCUUCAGAUCUUUCUUUUUUUUUGGUUUCUGUUCUCGUCAAGGACGUUUUCUUUUUAAUUAUUAUUUUUCUUCAAGACAUUGAGACUUUCUUUGGUAUAUAGCCAGUAGUGACAGCGUCCUCAAGACUCCUGCAUGACAAGCUUCCCUGACAUUUUUUUGUAGGUGCUAGAACAAGACACUGUGCUUAUCAACAAAAAAAAAGAAAAAGACAAGACCGGUCAGGCCGUUUAUUGAAAAAUAACAAGUGCUAUCUUAAAUUCAACAUUUAUUUUAAUACAUUGUUGGAGGUUUUUCAUAAUUUUAAGAAAAGCUACAGCAUGGCGUUUUUGAGUCUGUAAAUAGUAUAUAUAAACAUAUAAUUAUUAUUAUAAUUAUUAUUAUUACUAGGUGUGGACUCCGAACCAAGUCGUUUCAACCUCCAAUAUAAUUGUUUUGCAGCAUUAUCCCUUGUUUCAGAGGGGAGCACAAUGGCAUUAUAUGAGCAGUUUCUGAGAGAGUUGCAGUUCAGUUGUGACGUUCCUCUGACAUCACUGUGUUAGAUUUAGUCCCGCAUACACGAUGUAACCCAUAAACCAUGUCCAUUUGACACGCAGCAGGUUGUCAGAAUGUGUGAACUCAAACGUGUUGAGUUAACGACGUGAUUCACUUGAAGAGGCGACGGCGCGGUCGCUCAGGUUUCUGCCGAGUGCACGCUGAAACCGCCGAUUUUAAAAAGAAAGAAAAAAAGUUUGCACUGAAAGAGUUCCCUUGAGCUCCACUCGAUUGGUUUUUAUCCUUUUUUUUUUUGUUCAACAUCAAUAUUUAAGUCCGCUUAAUGGAGAAAUACUUGUUUGUUUUUUUUACAAAGAGUGACUUUAAUUAUGAUUUUUAAAAUGUGGAUACCAGAAACAUAUUUGGCUGAAAUUGAAGAAAUUAAAAAAAAAUACACUUUCUUCUUUUAAACAAUUGGGACUUGAGUUUUAAGCAUUGGUCCCAAUAACAUUGUUUUAAAUGUGUGAAUGGUUGGGAGUUGGUGCUAGUUUGUUUGUGUUGUGGUUGGUAACCCCCCCCCCUCUUCGUUCCCUGGUCCAGUCAUCCAUGUUCUUGCAGGUCUCAGAUCAGACGACGUCGUCCUUCAGCGUUAGGCUGUGUAAUGUUCACUGUGACACUAGAAGGGUCCUGCUAACACGUGACCACCAGUAUGUAGAGGGUUUAUGAGUGUGUGAGUGUGUGUGUGUGUGUGUCCUCACAAUAUUAUAUGCCUUGGUUCCUUCGGGAUUCACGCGGUCUCCUGGUCGUCAGGAGCCGUGCGUCUGUGUGCCACUGACUGUUACCAGUAGUGUUGACCUGUCUGUCAUAUCAGUGCACAUGAGCCCUUUUUUUUAUCGUUUUUUUUUUUUUAAUCCAUGAUUUUAUUUCUGCAUUUGUUCAUUUGUGCACUAAGACUGUUUAACUAUCAUGAAAAUGUCUUUAUUUUUUUUAUUUUUUUUAGUCAACUGAAGAAACUUGUAUUUGCAUUCAGACAUGGUCGCAUCGUCUCUCGGAGCACGAUCAUUUACGUUUGAAUGGUUGCAAACUUCUUUCAACUCAUUCCCCUCCUUUUUAAUGAUCCAAAACAAAGUCUGUCAAGCUCCCAAAAACAACCCGUCACUCUGUCUUGCCACCUCCUCCUGAUUCCUGUCUCUCUCCUGACAACAUUCUUCUUGUUCUCAUCAUCAUCAUCAUCAUCUUCACCACCACGAUCAUCCUUUGCCUCGUUUCCGGAGGACUCCCUUUGCCUUUUACUCCCUCUUUUUGUGUCUCCAGAACCUUUGAUGUUAAGUGUUGUCAAUGGUUUAGCUUCUUGUUUCAAAGCGGCAAUAGCAGAAUGUAAAUUCUGACUGCUAAGAUUUAUAUAUAUACUGGUAUCUUGAAGCUUAUUGUAUAUAUGAGUAGUCGCCAUGGGAUGACACAAUGUAAACAAAAAGUAGAAAUAAUAAGAAAAUUGUGAGUCCUGUGUUCUCUCCAUUUGAGUAUUUUGUAAUUUUUUUGAAAAAUUUGUGGAAUUAAAAUAAACGACUAAGUUACACCACAA